AUGUUAUCAGUCAAGGAAGAGGUUCAAGUUGUUAAAGAUGAAGAGGGCGUCCCGGUGGGCGGGCAGCUCCACGAGCUGCAGCCUGUGUACGGCGGGACGCUGGGGGGCGACGCCCCGGGACAGCCCACCUUCCUGCAGGACAUGGGCGUGCUGGUGGACUCGACGGGGCAGGACCCGAACUACGCGCUGCUCCAGAAGGAGGUGACCGAGUCCAUGUACGUGCUGGCGUCGGACGAGCACUACGGCCGGUCUCCGCCCGCGGCCGGCUGCGACCAAGUGGACGCUCAUCAGUCGCUCGAGCAGAGCAUCGCCCUGCAGAUCGGCCAGCGAGCGGUCGACCAGGCGGCUCCUGCGGCGACGGAGAUGCAGUCCGUGUCGUCGGCCGGCGCGUAUGCGCUGCAGCCGGGCGCGGGCGACGAGGGCGCCUGGCAGUCGGCGACGGAGGUGGACAUGGGCGGGGUCACCUACAUCGUCCCGGACGGCUCCGGCGCCAAGGGGGCGGCCCCCCCCCGUCUCGCGCCUCUCGCCCGGCACGUGUCGCACAACUUGGAAGGCUUCCUUCAAGCACGCCUCCUGCUGGGGCCCGGGCUCCGGGGGAUCCGCCCCGCUCACCCCGGACGACGGCGACAGGUCCAGUGGCUGCUGGAGAACUACGAGACGGCCGAGGGGCAGUCGCUGCCCCGCUACGCCCUCUACACGCACUACCUGUACCACUGCCAGGAGAACGGCUUCGAGCCAGUCAACGCCGCCUCCUUCGGGAAGCUGAUCCGGGCGGUGUUCCUGGGCCUGCGGACACGACGCCUCGGCACCAGGGGCAACUCCAAGUACCACUACUACGGCAUCCGGGUGAAGCCGGGCUCCAAGCUGAACGGCAUCCCGCUGGCCAGCCCCGCCGGCGGCAAGCAGCGGGGGGCCCAGCGGCGGCCCGGCUCCAGCCCGGGGCCGUUCUGCCUGGGCGGGGGCACCUACACCCCGUGCCGCCCCGUCGCGCUGCCCCAGACCAGGAUCUUCGGGGACGCGUCCAAGGCCAUCCCCGAGUUCCCGCCCAUCGAGCUGCCGCCAGGCUACGACCUGCCCCGGGACGACAUUGAGAUAUUCCACUACGUCUACAAGGAGCAUCUCGAAGCGUUCCUGGACGCGCUGGUGAACCUGGAGCUGGGCACGGUCGAGUCCCUGCUGCACGAGUUCUGGCGCAGCAGCUGCGUCGGCGGCGACGAGACGGAGGAGGAGAAGUACUUCCCCAAGAGCAAGCUCUACGUGCUGUGCGACUGCCCCUACGUGCAGCAGCUGGUGGAGAGCGUGGACUUCCACUUCUACCAGAACCUGCUGUGGCUGCUGGUGCCGGACGUGCUUAAGCCCCUGUCCGGUACACACCGCCAGCGGCCGUGA